GUACAUUCUGGUGGAAGUUCGGACAAGGCAAAGGCGGUUCAGGCGCUAGGCAGCGCGUGAAAGCACGGGAGUUUCUGAUCGUGUGGUACCCUACUCAACUGUGGUCUACGAGCAGUGCAGUGGAACAACGAUUUGUACACUGCACUGCGAGCAUCGCGGCUCAUGAGCAAUCGCGGAGGGGCAGCACUGUGCAGGGACUUCCAGAGGGGCAGCUGCCGCUGGGGAGCGCGCUGCAAGUUCGUGCACCAGGCGCCCGCACCCACCCAGCACGCACAGCGUGGCAACCGCUACGCCGAGCUCAGUGGGAGUGGGGGGGGGGGAGGAUGGGGAGGUGGUGGCAGGGGGCAGGGGGGAGGGGGGGUGGAGGGGGGCGAGGAGGGCGCGGAGGGGGGAGUGGUGCAGGGCAGGGAGGGGGUGGGGGCAGCAGAUUGUGCAGCGAGAGCACAGGUGAUAAGGGGGGAGAGGGGGGGGAGGGCUCGUGGUGAGGCAAGCACACGAUUAGACUGCGUGGACCGCUUGGACUGUGAGUCGAUCAUAGCAGAGGAUGCGGAGAAGGAGCGCCCGCUGUGGAGGGCGUCCGUGUACGCGCACUGGAAGUAUCUGCCAUGCGAUGUGGGGUCAGAUGUGAGUCCUGAGGAGGCGCGCCUGCUCGCCUACACACAGGCACAGCAGGGAGUCCCCCUCCCAUCCAUUGUGGCAUCAGAGCGCGCCAUGCUUGCCAAUGCUGAUGCCGCCCACGCUGCCUUCCGCUCGCACCGCUACACCGGCCCUGUCAGACAGCCUCCCAGCGCUCCGCCCGCCAUGGCCUUCCCCCCGCCACCUUUGCCCCGCCUCCCCCCCUGCGUUCAUGGCGCCUCCAUCAGCCCCCAGUGCCCCCCUUGGUGCUGGCGGCAUGCUGUUCGGGAAAGUCAUUUCGCAAGCACGGCCUGCCACUGCCAUGGCACCAUCGCCCUUCUCCUCCUCACCCAUCUCCUCUUUCCCCACGCCCCAACAACCGUCACCCUUCCCCUUUGGCCCCUCUCAAGCCUUAGCAUCGCCCUCCCCCGCUGCUUCGCCCUUUACCCCCUUCUCUAGCGCCCCAUCUCCCUUCUCACCAGCAACUCCACAGCCCCACCUGCUAUUUGGACAACCCACCGCCUCGCCCUUCCAUCCCGCCCCUUCAUCCUCCCCCUUCGCCACUGUCCCGUCACCUGCCCCCUUCGCCCCACUCGCCGCUGCCAGCCCAUCGCCCCUGCCCUCCUUCCCCCAGCCGCUGCCGCCGUGCACGUGCCUGGUAGCAGCGCAGCCAGUGUUGGGGGCGUGGGCGGUGGAGAGGGGUCCGUGUGGAGCAGUGGGCGGUGGAGGCUUGGAGAGAUACCGGAAGAGGAGCCGCCUCCGGCUGUCUGCGUGUGAAACGAGCAAUUCUAGAGCCACCUACGCCGCAGUGCUCAAAGCUGCCAGCCAGCGGCAAUCAGAUGGGGUAGUGCAGGCCCUCCGAACCGAAUGCUGGCCCUCUAUGAAGCACCACUUUGCCAGGAGCAAUCAGAUGGGUAGUGCAUUUGACAGUAUUGUAUCAUGGAAUGUUGGGGUUAGCGCAUGUUGGGCUGAGAAAUGCCCUUAGGAUCUUUUCAGAGACUGUCCCAGUUGAAGAUUGAGACUUGAGUAGUGCAGCGGAAGUUGAGGCAGUUGAACCCUUGUACUAGUAUAUGAGAACAAGUGAUAAUUAAAGAAACAAGCAUACA